AAUCUUUUUGGAUUUUUGGAUUUUUGUUUGUGGGUGUUGAGUUUUCAAUAAAUUUUGAAUUGGGAAUUGUUGAUUUCUUAUAAAGUUUGAAUCUUUUUGGAAAAUCUCUUCUGCAUAUUGAGAAAUCUUGAGUUGGGCAUUUAUUGAUUUCUUCUUGUUUGGAAAUUUUCUUGAAGGGUUUUGAUUUUUUGGUUAUAUGCAUCUGGGAAUUGUAGGAAAGUUUAACAAUUUAGGUGGAUAUGGAAGAUUGAUAUAAUUUUUUAGGUGAUUUGAUAGGUUUUUGUGGUGUUUUACCUUUAUAGUGUUUGUGUUUGAUGCAUAUGGUUGUUGUUAUUGCUGAGAAAGAUUGUCUGGCAAACGUGUAUUUGAGCGUUUUCAGGCGGUUUUUUCCGUUGCAUUGCAUUGAGGAAAUUGUUAGAGAUAGAUGGGAUAAAGAGUAUUUUAAAUUGCAGGGUGGAUAGAAAUUUUAUCUUGUAGUGUUUGGAAGCAAAAGAAAAUUCUGUUUUUUGGGAUUUUAAAUUUUGUAUAUUAAGAUUAUUAGUCGAAAAUGGGUUCUUCACAAGGUUCUUCGUUGUCCACAAGUGUGGCUGGGCUAGUUGAGGGCUCGUACAUAGAUACGUUGCCUGUGUAUGUAAAGGAGCUAAUUGCAGGAGGUGCUGCUGGAGCUUUUGCUAAAACCGCUGUUGCUCCUCUAGAACGAAUCAAGAUCUUAUUGCAGACCCGAACGCAAGGUUUUCAUUCUAUUGGAGUAUACCAAUCACUGAAAAGGCUAUUAAAGCAUGAAGGGCUUCCAGGAUUUUACAAGGGAAAUGGUGCUAGCGUUCUUCGAAUUGUUCCAUAUGCAGCAUUGCAUUUUAUGACAUACGAGCAAUACCGAUGUUGGAUAUUGGACAACUACACUGUAUUAGGAACAGGGCCUGUUGUAGAUCUUUUAGCCGGUUCAGCAGCAGGAGGGACUGCUGUAUUAUGCACAUAUCCUCUAGAUUUGGCUCGUACCAAGCUCGCCUAUCAAGUACUGGAUGGAAAAGCAAGAUCAGGUAAUGGUUCCAAAAGUGUAAUUGCACAAGCUCGCUACAGCGGCAUUAGAAAUGUGUUACAGAGUGUUUAUAGUGAGGGUGGGAUGCGUGGCCUGUAUCGAGGUGUAGGUCCUACUCUUAUUGGUAUCCUCCCAUAUGCUGGUUUGAAGUUUUACAUCUAUGAAGAACUCAAGAGGCAUGUUCCUGAGGAGCAGCAAAGGUCAAUCAUGAUGCGUCUCUCUUGCGGUGCUUUAGCCGGUUUACUUGGGCAAACCGUUACAUACCCGUUAGAUGUUGUUAGGAGGCAGAUGCAGGUUGAAAAUAUGCAAGUUUCUGGUGUUGGUGGUGGUGCUAGACACAAGAACACAUGGAAAGGCCUUACCACAAUUGCUUCAGAACAAGGUUGGAGGCAAUUAUUUGCUGGCCUCAGCAUUAAUUACAUUAAGAUUGUUCCUUCAGUUGCAAUUGGUUUCACUGCGUAUGACAUGAUGAAGUCGUGGCUCAGGAUACCUCCUCGACAAAAGGCCCAGUCAGUCUCCGCUGCAUAACCUUUCUACACAUUUAACUCAAAUUUAGCCACAGAACAAAGCAACUGAAAAUUUCAAACUCCCACUCGAGGUUCAGUUCACAUUGGAGUAUUUCCAUUUUAAGUCUAUAUUUCGAUUUUGGAUUUGGAAUUGGUGAAGGCUGUUUUUGGGAUAUGUGACUUAACUUGAAGGUUGCAAAUAGUCCCCAACACUUGUGUUUAGGGAUGUAAUUCCCAUUUGUGAAAUACUGAAAUUGUUCUAUGACCCGGUGAAAAUUUACAGGCACUGUGCAAAAUAUAUAUAGGCAGUGCGCAGAAUGAGUUUAGUUUUGACUUUAUAUUGAUUGUAUCACGAUUUAACCUUAUUAAUACUCCUUAUGUUGUAAAGUAGAAAAAGUGAACGCCGUUUGUUAUACAUUACUGUAUGAGAUAAGUUUCCUUGCAA